UCCAUUAAAAAACCCGAACAAGCUUAUUCUUCUCUCCAAAUCCAUUUCUGGAACCCCAAAUUUUCUACUCAUCCCAUUUCCAACAAAAGCUUUAAAGAAGCAAAAAUAAGAAAAAAUAAAAAAAAAUAGAGAAGCCAAAUUCCAUCGAUGAAUACAUCUCAGUUCAUGGACAAGCAGAUAAUGGACUUAACAUCUUCUUCUUCUUCUUCACCUCCCCAAAAUACCAACAAAGAUUUCAUUGAUCUGAUGAAUCACCCUCAAGACGAAGAUAAUCACAACCAAGGCUCCGGGAUUAGUAACAAGGAAGGUAUCUUUCCCAGUUAUGAUUUCCAGCCGAUCCGACCCGUUUCGACGAGCCUUGAUGCCGCUGCAGUUAAUAAUAACCCCAGGUCUUGGAGUUCGGGUGAUUCUAAAACCAAGAACUAUGGUUCUCUUGACUCCGUUGAACCUACAAAAGUCAUUCUAGAAAAGGAUCGAAAUGCCUUUGACACAUCAAUAGUGGCUGAGAUUGAUCGAACCAUGAAGAAACACACUGAUAAUUUGAUCCACAUGUUAGAAGUUGUUAGUGCGCGACUGACACAGCUGGAGAGUAGGACUCGUAACGUUGAGAAUUCUGUGGAUGAUCUGAAGGUGUCUGUAGGAAACAAUCACGGAAGCACUGAGGGAAAAAUGAGACAGCUGGAGAAUAUUUUAAAUGAGGUUCAAACAGGAGUGCAUGUUUUAAAAGAAAAGCAAGAGAUAAUGGAAGCUCAGUUACACCUUGCAAAGCUGCAGGUGACCAAGGGAGAUCACCCAUCAGAAACUCAGAACACUGUGCAUGUGGAUACUGUGCAGCAAGCUGCAUCUGCUCCUUUCCAAUCUCACCAGCAGCUUCCUCCUGCUGCCUCUUUUCCACAGCCACUUCCUUCUGUUCCUCCUCCUCCAACUGUUGCUCCUCUGGCUCUUCCCCAGCAGGCUCUGCCACCUCCAGUCCAGCACCCAAAUCAGUUCGCUCAGAGCCAAGUUCCUUCUGUCCCUCAACGAGAUGCUUACUAUCCACCGCCGGGCCAAACUCAAGAGGCUCCAAGUCAGCAAUUCCCAGUACCACCAACUCAGCAGCCACAGCUCCCUCCUGCAGCACCACCUCAUCAACCAUAUCAACCAGUCCCUCCACCGCAGUAUUCGCAGCCACCACAAUCCGUUCAACUCCAACCUUGCUUAGGCCAGCAUCCUGAAGAGGCUCCUUAUGUUCCUUCUCAGAGCUAUCCACCAAACCUGCGCCAGCCACCCGCUCAACCACCCAGUGGCCCCCCUUCCUCCCAACAGUAUUAUGGGGCUCCACCUCAAAUGCAUGAGCCACCAUCCGGUAGGCCUGGUUCAGGGUUUUCAGCUGGAUAUAUCCUGCAAUCUGGGCAAAGUGAACCGUAUGCUUAUGGUGGAUCACCUUCACAGUAUGGCAGUGGCUCCCCAAUGAAAAUGCAGCAGCUCCCAUCUUCUCCUAUGGGACAAAGUGGUGGAAGUGGUUACCCACAGCUUCCGACUGCUAGGAUUUUACCACAUGCAUUGCCCACUGCUUCUGGGGCUGGUGGUGGAUCAGGUCCUUCUGGACCUGGAAACAGGGUACCCGUUGAUGAUGUGAUUGACAAAGUGACCAGCAUGGGAUUUCCUAGAGAUCAUGUUAGAGCAACCGUUAGAAAGUUGACGGAGAAUGGCCAGUCUGUUGACCUCAAUGUGGUGUUGGAUAAGCUAAUGAAUGAUAGUGAAGUCCAGCCACCCAGAGGUUGGUUCGGGCGGUAACCUGGCAUCACUGAUUCAUGCUGAUGUAAAUUACUAUCACUUGAUUCUGGUUGAACUUGUCUGGAGCUUAGGGGCUAUUUCACCCCACUUGGUUUUUCGUUUCCUCCUUUCCCUCACUUCACUCUUUCUUGCUCUUGUUUCUAAAAUUUCAAAUUGCUUUCUUGGCUUAACCUUGAGUUGUUUAAUUUCUGGUUUGACUGUCCAGCCUUUUUUACAUUUGUGUAUACUUACAAUAAUCAGAAUUAAAUUGUCAAGUUCUCAUUUUGUUGAUAUAUUUUAUUUUGAACUUUUGUAA